AUGGACAACACAGAUGCAUAUUUAUUGAACUUUAAAGGCUAUUAUCUUAUACGUUCUACUGCUAAUACUGACCUACUGAAAAAUCUAGAGGAAUUUGAAGUUAGACAUGAUGAUGUCUUCAUAGUCACAUAUCCAAAAUCUGGUACCGUCUGGGCUCAGCAGAUAUUAAGCUUGAUUUAUUUUGAGGGACAUCGUAACAGAACUGAAACGGUGGAAACACUUGAUAGAGUCCCCUUCCUUGAACAUGGUGUACCCAAAAUGAAGCAUCAGAAGAGACCAUCGCCUCGUCUCUUCGCGUCCCACCUCCCAUAUUAUUUAGCACCAAAAGGUCUCAAGAACAAAAAGGCUAAAAUUCUUUACAUCUACAGAAACCCCAAGGAUGUUUUGAUCUCAUAUUUUCAUUUUUCAAAUAUGAUGGUUAUGUUAGAAGCUCCGGAGAAUAUAGAAGAUUUCAUGAAAAAGUUUUUAGAUGGAAAAGUGUCAGGAAGCCUUUGGUUUGAUCACAUCAGAGGCUGGUAUGAGCACAGACAUGAGUUCAACAUUCUGUUCAUGAUGUAUGAGGAGAUGAAGAAGGAUCUCAGAAGUUCUGUGCUUAAAAUCAGCAGUUUUCUUGAGAGAGAACUGAAUGAAGAGGAUGUGGAAGCUGUUGUUAAACAGGCAACAUUUGAGAACAUGAAGUUUGAUCCACAAGCAAAUUAUGAGCAAAUUCUAAAACAUGACUUGGGGAGAAGAACAGACGAGGGAAGUUUCUUGCGCAAAGGUACCGUUGGAGACUGGAAACAUCACCUGACUGUGGAGCAAAAUGAGAGAUUUGAUAGAAUAUUCCAAAGCAAGAUGAAAGACUUUCCCUUGAAGUUCAUCUGGGAUCUAAAUGAGGAAUAGAAUUAGUGCAAAAUAAACAUAGAGAAAAUUCACUAACUAGAGAGCAUAUUUUAAUAUGCAUAUUAACUUGUGCUUCUCAUCUGUGUUAAUUAUAAAACUUUAUUAAUUUAAAAAAAUGAGAACACUAGACUUACAAUGGUUGCCAUGAGUUGGAUGAAUACUUUGAAAUUUUAAAAGUUAAAAUGAUUUGGGAGAGAGUCUGAACUGGUUGCCUGUAUGAUAGAGGGAAAAAACAGAGAGCAUGCAACAUGAAUGGUAAACAUCUUAAAAGACUUUUCUGUAGUGUGUAUUUUUUCUUUCUCUACAAUUAAAUUUAGGAUCAAUCGAACAUAAAAAUCCCUUUAUUCUUGUAACUAAACUUUAAUGCUUUAGUUC